AUGGCUCCCAUCACGACGGCCUCCAACGAGGAGACGCACGCCGCUCUGCUCGAUUCCCUCGACAUGCACAAGAUCCACAAACCCUUUCGCAAUCCAAACUGGAAGCCACCGCAGCGUCGCAACAAGAACCUCAAGCAGAUCUUGUCCGAAGCACAUCGCGCACAGCAGAGCAUCAUCAACACGCAACAAAACUCCGGGGCCAACACACCAGCACCGAACGCUGACGACAGCAAAACACCGUCUCUCAAUCCCAAUGCAGAGGCCUCGAACCUCGAUCUUGGCCGACUGGUGCUAGAGAAGAACGCGAAGCACAACAAUGGAGUCGCGCCGCAGACUGGGAGCAUUCCAAGCGUGACCUAUACGAGCAUUGCCGCAGCACYAAGCUUCAAGCCCAAGAAGAAGUACUGUGAUAUUACAGGUCUGCCGGCCAAGUACAAAGAUCCCAAGUCAGGCCUGUACUAUUACAACGCGGAGAUAUAUGCUGUGGUGAAGGGACUGAGCACGACGCAAGUGCAAGAAUAUCUCGCGGCGAGAGGAGCAAACACGGUGCUCAAAUGA